CCUAAAUCAAAACAAAAAGCAGGAGGAAACAAAAUCCAGCUUCUAAAAGCCCUAACAAUGACAAAUGCCCUAACAAUGGUGUCUUGCCCACACCUUAGUCAUACACUGUAGCAGUUGCGUAGAUGAUUCCUCGGCCUCCUAUGCUUCAGAGGCGCUUCCUCUCCACCGCCACCGCCACCACAACCACCACCAACCACCGCCGCCGGUGGCCUGUAAAGCAAGUUACCAAGGCCAAUUUCUCGGAGGCCUUAGACCAGAUCAAGAACCACCUCGGCGACUCAGACUUCGUGGCCGUGUCGUUGCAGAAGACAGGUUCGUUCUCUUCUCCUUGGCACCGAGUGCUCCCCAUUGACACCGCCGACACCGCCUAUUUCAAGGCCAAAUACGCCGCUGAGAGGUUUCAGGUUCUUCAGUUCGCCGUCUGCCCCUUCUCCAUUAGAGCUUCCAAGGUCAUCGCCCACCCAUACAACUUUCAUCUCUUUCCAAGGGAUGAGUUGAAAAUAGGGAUGCCCUCAUAUAGUUUUUCAUGUCAGUCAUCAUACUUGACCUCUAUGGCUCGAGAAGGUUUUGAUUUCAAUGCCUGUAUAUACAAUGGCAUAUCAUAUUUAUCCAGAGCACAAGAAUCAGCUUCGAAAGACCGAAUAGGGAACCCUGUGCCUAGUAAAUAUGUAAUACAAUCUUCCUCUGCCCUUUCGGUGGCUGAUGCAGUUUUUGUUGAAAGGAUCAAAUCACGAGUUAGGCAUUGGAGAAAUGCAUUUAAAGACACAAGCACAAGGGCUGAAGAAGCUUUAAUCAAAUCCCUGAGAAAACUUAUCUUAGGAAGUGAAGAGUAUGGGUCCAGGCCAUGCUUGAGCAUAGAUGUUUGCAGUGAACGUCAAGUGCAGCUUGCACUAGAGAUGCUGAGAGAUUUCUCUGAAGACCUUGUACCUUUAUUAAUUCCAACCAAGGGUGGGGAAACUCAGGCAGUUCGAGUUGUUUUGACAAGUUCAAAAGAGGACAAGGAAACUUUUGAGAGGGAGCUUCAAAAUCUGGAAGAUGAACAAAAUAAGCGUGUUCGUGGCUUUCGAGAGGUGAUCGAUUUGAUUUCUACUUCUCAGAAACCUGUUGUUGCCCACAACUCACUUAAUGAUUUUACAUUCAUUUAUUCAAAAUUCCUUUCCUCACUACCUUCUAGCAUGGAUGAGUUCAGGUGCUCUGUGCGUUUGGUUUUCCCCCACAUACUCGAUGUCAACCAUCUGAUGAAGGAAAUUGGCCUUAUGAAAAAGGUGACCAAUUUACCUGCAGCUAUUUCGUAUUUAAAAAGACGGUUCUUUGCGCCUAUUGAUAUGGAGAUUUCUCACCAAGAUGAUGCAAGUGAGAGCAAGAUCCAUGGCCAUGAUGUUCUGAGGAUAAGUGAAUUGUUUGCUAAACUGUGCUCUAUUCUGAAAAUUGCCCCUGUAACUCACGAGGAUGAAAAUGGCCAUUUGCCUUCUGUACUCGAAGACUAUACAAACAUUUUCAAUCCUUGCUCCACAAGUUCCCAAGACCACACUAUUGAUGAGGAUGUCUCAGUUUGGACAGACAACAGAAGAAAAGUUGACAGUAAGGAUUUGGUUUUCUUGUGGGGAUUUAGAGGUGGGAUGUCUGCCAGAACACUCAAGAAACUUCUCCAUGAUUCCCAUGAUGUGUUCUCUGAAGAAUUUGAUAUUCGACUGCUGGAUAAGAGUUGUGCUGUUGUUGCUUUCUGGAAUCCUGGUUUAUCAGAGAGCUUUCUCGAAGCAAUGGACUCUGGAGGGAUAAGCUGUGAAUCACUGGGGGAGAUGAUAUCGGAAGGCCUAAGAGCUGCGACUUAUCAGACAUACAGGAGAGCGUGUAGGUUGGGCAUAUUGGAAGCAGAUUUAGCAGAUUCUUUGGAGAAAGCCUUGGGAGAUGCUGACAGCCUUUCUGAAGCUCAUUCCGAGGAGUCAUCAGAGAUCUAUUGGGAUAGUGACUUGAUGAUUAACCUCGAUGAUUUGUAAGGCAUGGCGUUUCUUAUUUUUCCUUGAUGCGAGAACCAUGAUGCUUAAAUCUAUAUGCUGGGCAGAGUAGGGCGAUGGACUGUGAUCCUGUAACAAUUUUGAGAUUGGUUAGUGCCAUCUUGUAUUUGAGAGGCAAGUUUGACUUUAUUGGCUUUAAACUGGCUUAAAUACUUGAAAAUUUGAGUUCAUGAGGGCUGGGUUAUUUGUUUAGUUCAUCCAAAAAGAGAGAAAGGUCAGUUGUUGAGUGGCACUGUUGCUGAGUUGGAGGAUAGUGUUACAUAAUUUCCCUUGGAAGAAACUGUUUUGCGUUAUUGUCUUUUUUAUUUGAAAAAAAAAUAAAUAUAAAGAAAAAGAAAAAAGGCUGCUGCAUUGAUGUUGUAGAAAAACACAUUCUUUUCAUAUAUUUUUUUCUUUGGACUAUCGGUGGAAAAUUGAUUCUACUUGUGUUAA